GUAGCCGGUAGCCCCAGUUUUUUACCCUCAAGUGGGACCCUCGGAAUUUUCCGAGCCCGUGAUUCUAUCUUCCCGUAGCCUUAUCCAAAAGGCACAGCUGACUCUAUAGAACUGCCAUGGCCUCUCCAUCCUUCCGUCCAGCCAAAGCACCAGAUUUAGCCCAGCUCUCCGGAGCUCCUCUCAUGGCGGACACCCCAGGGAAGGUGUUCAAAACUCUAGAGAGAAGAAUAGCAACCCUCACCAGCCAGCUCAGCCCUCCCCCUUCCUGCCCCCCUCUGAUAAGUCCCUCUAUAGCUUCAGCGGAUGAUAGCUACCAUCGCAUCCAUGGGGAAGUCCCAAUGAAGGAGGCCUCCUGGGGAGCAGUGUGCGAUGAAACAGGGAAGGAAUUUACCGACAUUAUCUACGAGAAAGCCGUCGGAGAGGGGAUCGCCAAGAUCACAAUUAAUCGUCCAGAGAGAAGGAAUGCUUUUAGGCCGCAUACUAUUAAAGAGCUUAUUCGUGCAUUCAAUGAUGCUAGGGAUGAUAGCGCUGUGGGAGUCAUCAUUUUAACAGGGAAGGGAACCAAGGCCUUUUGUAGUGGUGGUGACCAGGCACUAAGAAGCUCUGAUGGAUAUGCUGAUUUUGAAAGUUUUGGUCGUCUUAAUGUUUUGGAUCUCCAGGUCCAAAUUCGUCGUCUCCCUAAACCAGUUAUUGCUAUGGUAGCGGGUUAUGCUGUUGGUGGUGGACAUGUAUUACACAUGGUUUGUGAUCUAACAAUUGCAGCUGAUAAUGCAGUUUUUGGACAGACUGGUGCAAAGGUGGGAAGUUUCGAUGCAGGCUAUGGGUCUUCCAUCAUGUCCCGCUUGGUUGGGCCCAAGAAAGCACGUGAGAUGUGGUUCCUUUCACGAUUCUACAAUGCUUAUGAAGCAGAGAAAAUGGGACUUGUGAAUGUUGUGGUUCCACUUGAGAAAUUAGAAAUGGAAACCCUGAACUGGUGCCGGGAAAUCUUAAGGAACAGCCCAACAGCAAUUCGGGUGCUGAAAUCCGCUCUUAAUGCAGUAGAUGAUGGCCAUGCUGGUCUCCAGGAGCUGGGUGGCAGCGCAACACUCAUUUUUUAUGGCACGGAAGAGGCAAAUGAAGGAAAGACAGCUUACAUGCAGCGACGGCGCCCAGACUUCUCAAAGUUUCCUAGGAGACCUUAAUGCAACUCCAUAUCAUGCAUUAUUUUUCGAUGUAUCAAUAUUGUCUUCCAUUGUCAAUAAUAAUAUGCUUCUGAAAAUUGUAAUUGAUGUUGAAUUGACUAUAAUUCGAUCACUUUGAGCUCUUCAUGAUCAUCCAUUGUAAAAUAAAUCUCAUCUCUCACAAGAGCAACAAUGAAGAGUAUUGCUGUCUCAGAGCCUAUAUGAACAAUUCAUACA